GCAAGAUCGCGCUUUAACAGUGAAGAGUAUCAAACAGCGUGCGGGGAUCCAGCCUAAUGGUUUACAUUGGGUCACAACGACCAGUCAAUGAUUUGCGCCAAGUAUCUUUCUUCUUGUCCAGCGUUUAUUUUGCAGCCCUUUUGUAUUUUGCACGGGGACAGACUGACAUAGCAAACUCAUCUGUAUGGUCGGGCGGCAGGAGCACACAGUAUGGUCCGGGAAACCAGACAUUUAUGGGUGGGAAAUUUACCCGAAAAUGUGCGAGAGGAGAAAAUUAUUGAGCACUUCAAGCGGUAUGGACGGGUGGAGAGCGUCAAGGUCCUGCCCAAGCGGGGUUCGGAAGGUGGAGUCGCGGCCUUUGUGGAUUUUGUGGACAUUAAAAGUGCUCAGAAGGCUCACAAUGCUAUCAACAAGAUGGGAGACAGAGACCUGCGCACUGAUUACAAUGAACCGGGCACAAUUCCUAGUGCAGCGAGGGGGCUGGACGAUAGUCUGUCCUUAGGCUCUCGUGGCCGGGAUGUAUCAGGGUUCACAAGGGCGGCGGGGGGGACCGUGUAUGGGCCCCCCACGUCGCUUCACAGCAGAGAAGGACGCUAUGAACGCAGACUAGACGGGACCGCUGAGAGUCGAGACCGGCCGUAUGAUCACGGUGCCUAUGGACAUCAUGAGCGUCCCGGUAGCAGUUUUGACCGUCAGCGGCACUAUGAAACAGACUAUUAUCGAGAUGCAAGGGAGAGGACUCUCAGCACGGCUGGGAGUGGGUCUGGCACCUCCAGUGGAAGCAGUACAACAGUGUCAUCAGGAGUCGGUGGAACUAUAGUUAGCGCCGUGGCUGGAAACACGGGAACAAGUGGAUCAGCAGGAGCAACGACGGGAGGAAGCGGAGGAUCCACGUCCAGUGGGGUCGGCUUCUACCGCUCCCACAGCAGGAGCCCCUGUCGCUUCGAGACACCAGAGCCUCGCUACGAGUCUCGCGCUAGGGAACCCUUUACUUUGGCCAGUGUGGUUCACAGGGACCUUUACCGGGAGGACAGGGGUCGGCGUGGGGAGCGGUCGUAUCGACACAGUCGUAGCCGGUCUCCACACUCGACGCAUUCGCGAAACCCCUCACCUCAGAGACUGGUGAGUCAGGCUACUCGCCCUCCACGCUCCCACAGCGGGUCAGGCUCUCGCAGCCGCUCCUCCAGUUCAGACUCAGUCAGCAGUACCAGCAGCAGCACAAGUGGCAGUGAUUCCAGCAGUAGCUCGAGUGACGACUCUCCGGCACGCUCGGUGCAGUCUGCUGCUGUUCCUGCACCCUCAGCACUUCCUUUAUCCUCCCUUGACAAGGAUGAACCACGUAAAAGCUUUGGCAUCAAGGUCCAAAAUCUUCCUGUGCGUUCUACAGAUACAAGCCUAAAGGAUGGUUUGUUCCAUGAAUUUAAAAAGCAUGGGAAGGUCACAUCUGUACAAAUCCACGGAGCUUCAGAGGAGCGCUAUGGGCUUGUCUUUUUUCGCCAGCAAGAGGACCAAGAGAAAGCACUUGGAGCAUCAAAGGGGAAGCUUUUUUUUGGAAUGCAAAUUGACGUCACAGCCUGGAAUGGCCCUGAGACAGAAAGUGAGAACGAGUUUCGACCACUGGAUGAGAGGAUUGAUGAGUUUCAUCCAAAGGCCACAAGGACAUUAUUUAUAGGAAACCUGGAGAAGACCACUACUUACCAUGACCUACUUAACAUCUUUCAGCGGUUUGGAGAAAUAGUGGAUAUUGACAUUAAGAAGGUGAAUGGAGCCCCACAGUAUGCCUUUCUACAAUACUGUGACAUUGCUAGUGUCUGCAAGGCCAUAAAGAAGAUGGAUGGGGAGUACCUUGGUAACAACAGACUAAAGCUGGGCUUUGGAAAGAGUAUGCCUACGACCUGUGUUUGGUUGGAUGGAUUAGCAUCAAACACAACUGAGCAGUUUCUGACUCGUCACUUCUGCCGCUAUGGACAUGUUGUCAAGGUUGUUUUUGACAGGAUGAAAGGAAUGGCCCUCAUUCUUUACAACAACAUUGAAUAUGCUCAAGCUGCUGUCAAAGACACAAAAGGCUGGAAAAUAGGGGGCAGUAAAAUUAAGGUGGACUUUGCAAAUCAGGAAAGUCAGAUGGCUUUCUAUCGUUCAAUGCAAGCGUCUGGGCAGGAUAUUCGCGACUUUUAUGAUAUUCUCUCUGAAAGAAGGGAGGAUCGACGAACCCAAUACGAGUUUCAAGCAGAAAGACAAUAUUAUGAAAACGUACGAACACCAGGAACAUAUACUGAGGAUCCACGGCGUAAAUACCCUGCUAGAAGUCGGGAGUUCUACACUGAAUGGGACCCAUAUCAGGGAGAUUACUAUGAUGCACAGUACUUUGAAGACCCUCGGGAAUAUCGGGAAUACAGAGCUGACCCUUAUGAGCAGGACAUUCGCAAAUACAGCUAUUUGCAGCGAGAACGUGAAAGAGAGCGGGAGCGCUUUGAAACAGAUCGUGGACGUGAUCAUGGGAGGAGGACCAUUGAGCGUAGCCAAAGCCCGUCUCACAUGACCACUCGUCGUCCUGCUAGCCCCACUGCAUCUCCUUCUCUCUCUGAGAGGAUACCAAGUGAUUCAGACCGACGUAUUUGUUGUCGAUCAUCUGAAAGAAGCGGCAGCUGCAGUUCAAUCUCUCCACCCAGAUUUGAAAAACUUGAAAAGACACGCUCUGAAAGGUAUAUUAAAACUGAAAAACUUGAAAAGGAUCGAGUUUUUGAAAUUGAAAGAGCGAAUUUAGUUGAAAAGGACAAGAGGACUGGACGAAAAGAUCGAGGGGACAAGGAAAAAAGUGAGAAACAGAGACUGAAGAAGCUUAAAGUUGCAUCACCUAUUACACAGACCUGUGAGACUGAACCUGAACUUGAAAGAGAUGUUAGCCCUGAGUCUGUUCUUCGAAGUAAGACCAGUAAAAUCCCAAAGGAAAGCUCGAGCAAAGGAAGGUUAGACCUUCUUCCUUGUGUGGUGCAGUUAACACGUGUUAAAGAAAAGGAAGGAAAAUUGAUCGGUCAUGCUGUUCAAGAAAAACAAAUACAGAGGGGUGGGAGUGACAGUCCUAGACUGGCAUCACCUACAGCUGACCAGAGGAGUCCUCCAUUCCGCACAGAAUCGUCAAAAGGUGAUAUCUCUAAGCACGGAAAGGCGCCCAGAGACAAAAAUGUGCACAGUUUAGUGGAGAUCACUGACAAGGAUGGUAAAAUCAAAUCCAAAAAACAUGGGAAAUCUGAAAUGGAAUUUGACAGUGGUAUUUCUGUGGAUAUUGACCGUUUAGCUGCAAGGAAAAGACGUUUUGAAGACUCUGGGAAAACUGACAGACAAAAGAGAAGCAGUGAAGAAGACCUUGGUAGACCUGGACUUUAUAAACUGUGGAACAAUACAAAGGAGACAGAUUUGGAUAAGAAUCUUUUGCUAAGAGGUUUGCAUAAAAAGGAGCACCACAAGGACAAAUGUGUUCGCAUGGUUUCAGUUAACAGUCCUAAAGAUGGACGAGACUGUGAAAGCAACUCCAUGGGCCUUCCUCUGCAACGACAGUCACAACUUGACGAGCUGCCUGAAGGUACUACCGAUCAGUUAGACUCUUCAUACCUCAAAAUGGAUUUAGAGGGCUCAAAAAGUGAAAACAGCUCCAGUCUCACAAAGAUGUCUGAUGAUUGUAGCCUUGAUUUGGAUGAAUUAAAAGAACAACAGAAACAGGGUUUGACUGAAAAUGAACAAGGGAGGGGGAAAUGCAGAGACUCUGAUGACGGAGAAGAACACUUUGUGCACAUUGACCAGACCAAUAUUUGCACAAAGCAGAAUGAACAGAGUCGAUGGCUCCGAUCCAAACUUGGCGAUCCUGAUAAGGUAGUCAAGUUUGAAAACCCACCAAACAAUGAGACUCAUGAUUUUGAAAAGGAUUACAUCCUACAUGAUGUUGGAAAAUCAAUUCAGGAUAUGGCCAGUGAAGACUUUUCUUGGUGUAAACGAAAAAAAUUAGAGAAUUUUGACUUUGAAAUUCUCAGAGUAAAGAGAGACCGCAACUUUGCAGGUUCCCAAAAGCUGAGUGAAGACAUAUACAGUAUACCAUCUUCAAUAGGAGCUGGUCAGUUUUCUGAAAACGAAGAAGAUGAAACUGCCCAGAUUUCUGUGUCAGUUACAAACAAAGUCAGAAAAUCCUCUCCAAUGACAGAUGAUAAAUUUUCACACACAGAGUCAUUGAAGAACAGCUUGGGCCUGACAGGCAGACAUUUUCAGUCACCUGACAACGAGCUCCCAAAACGUAAGACAUCCUUGCUCGGAUGUGAUGAGGAGUUAAUGCAACAUUGGGAAAGAAGGAUAAAGUCUGAUUCACUAAGAAUGGAAAUGACAUUCCCUAGUGAUAUUUCAAAACGUGAAAGCAUCCGCAAACGCCUUGGCCAGGACUUGGAACCUGGAGAGGUGCAGUCUGAUUCAGAUGAUGAUGGAGAAAGCAAACAUAUCUCUCCCAAGUCCAGUAGUUCCUUGUCUUAUAUCCUCAGGGACCGUGACGAGAGGAUGACGGACCUGAAGCUCUCAGGCUCCUUGGAAAAGAACAAGUUUUACUCAUUUGCUUCAGAUAAAACAAUAACUCCUGAUACAAAGGCACUCCUUGAACGAGCCAAGACAUUGUAUUCAUCAAGGGAAGAUAACUGGUCCUUUCUUCCUUCGCGCUUUCCAGCCUCCCACAGCUGUUCUGAUAAGGACAAGGUAGAGUUAGCACCUCGACCUAUUCCUUCUUGGUACAUAAUAAAGAAAAAGAGUCGUACUGACUCUGAUGAAAAGCUGCAUGAUAAAAAGGAAGAACUUAAACCGCAGGACCAAGAGCGCCAGGAAUUGUUUGCCUCCCGUUUCUUGCACAGCUCAAUCUUUGAACAAGACUCCCGCCGUUUGCAGCAUCUUGAACGUAAAGACCAAGAUUUAGAAACUGGAAGUGGAAGGCCCUUUACUAAGCCAGGUGCUACUGAGGCACAGCCUGAAUCAGGAGGAGGUGACAUCCCACAAGAGCCCAUAGUGCUUUUCCAUAGUCGCUUUUUGGAGCUUCAACAACAAAAAGACAAGGACCAUUCCCCACCCGAUUCUGAGAACGAUUCAAUCGUUGUGGAGAUUAAAAGAGAUGAAGUUCAGAAUUGUGAUAAUCUGAUGUCUAACAAGGAGUCUGAGCUAGUACUGAAGGCUGAUGAUAAAUCAGCCACCUCCCCAAUAACCUGGACGAUUGCACCGUUUGUGCCCUUCCCAAAAUUACUGUCUUCACCGGAAAAGAGAGAAGUUCUGACUCCAUCCUCAGAUCAGCCUGUGUCAUUUGUCAAAGAAGAGAAAGUGGAGCCAGUUCUUGAAGUAUCCUCAUCUCAUGCGCUUCCUGUGGAAGACUUCAAAGCAGUUGCUCCUAAGCUAACCAUAACGCCUGCAUUUGUCCUUACAGAACCAGAACAUGAUGUUGAAACAAAAGCAGAACUAAUUGAACCCAAAUUGAAAUGUGGUGAUAAUUUGACAGUGGAACGUAACUUUGCUGUUGAAGAUGAGCCUCUCACUCCUGGUGGUUCCUUCAGUGGUUUUGAAAGAGAGACUACAGAAUUUGCUUACUCUGACUGUUCAAAGAUUGAAGAAAAAUCAGAAACUGAUAAGACAGAACCUGAAAUUGAAAACCAGGAAACAAAGCACUUUGAGGAAUCUCAAAAAACUGAGACGGACAGCGAGGCAUGUAUGCCUCAGCUAGAGGCUGAAAUAAAACCAUUACCAAACCGCAGACAGCCAAAGAGUAAAAGGGCGAAAACUUUGUCAGUACUGCGUACUACACAACCUUCCCAAAUUGUCUCUGCUGAAAAACCUGCAACACGAAAGAGUGAACGGAUUGAUAGAGAGAAACUCAAAAGGGCCUCAUCCCCUCGAGCAGAAACACCGAAAAUAUCAUUUGAGUCUAAAACCACAUCUAAGUCACCAAUACAUGCUUCAGAUUCUGAACAAAAUCUUGAGUCAAGUUUAAUCCAUGGGAGAACUCGUCGGAGGAAUGUGAGGUCAGUCUAUGCCACGCUACACGAAGAUGACCAAGGUGGCAAAGAGGUAGUUGAGUCAUCACGCUGCAUGCGCAAACGGGCUGCUGACAGAGAACCAAUACAGCCAGAAGUUCAAAUUUCUACCAAUGCCAGGCGAGGACGCCCACCUAAGAGAGGUGUCAAACGAAGUGAAGAUGCAUCACCAGUGAAAGUGGAUCAGAAGAAAAUUAUGGAAGAAGACACAGAGGUCAAAGAGGCCUCAAGUACUGUAGAGGCUGUGAAAGCCUCUGAGGGAUGGCGUUCACCUCGCACUCAGAAAGUUCAACAGUCACCACUAACUUCAUCUGCUCCAGUUAACAAGAAAGGAGGUAGAAUAGACAAACCAUCUGGGAGCACAACACUGCUAGCUGAACAAGCUGAUAUGGCAAGUCAUGAUGAGUCUGACCUUAAGCCUAAAGCUGAUUCUGAACUGUUUGGCAAGUUAUCAGAAAGAGUGGAAAACUCUAGCUCACCAGUGCAUAGAAAAGAAAAAGAUUUAAAAGAAUCUGGAGGAAAGAAAUCUGCUGAUGAAGAUAUUGAAAAGAUAGAUACAAGCUCCUCUGAGAGGAGACAACAGGCUGAAAAGACUGUUAAAAUAAAAACUCCAAGGUUGAAACGAAAUACCAAGCAGCUCCCUGAAGAGAAAUCACACAGUUUAAAAAAUCUUGAGAUCCGUGUAAGUGUUGAUGACGUAAAAGGUUUACUUCGUUCAGAGGAUGAUGAAUCUGAGACUUUUGAAGGUGCUACUAUAACAAAAACCAAGACGGUAGUACAAGAAAGUGAAGGAACAAAGAUAAUAGGCUUUCCAAAAGAAUCCAAAGAGCUUGGUACACAGGAGAAAGAAGAUAUGCUUUCAGAAUCUGAACUACCUGCGGACCCAGCUGCACUAUUGGCACGACAGAUGGAACUAGAGCAGGCAGUUGAAAAUAUUGCCAAACUUACUGUUGAGCAACCUCCUCGACCAUACAAGGAACCACCUUCAGAGCCACCUGCUGUACUGCCUCCUGUCAUAGUCGAACCAGAAAGUGAGGUUGAGGAGGAGAAGCGGGCAAAUCCUGCAAGUGAAACUGAACUUGCAGCUGCCAUUGAUUCCAUAACAGCUGAAGAAACAUGUGGAGAUGCAGAUGGGUUUACAUCGCCUCCGACUUACACUGCUCUUGUUCCGACUCCUGAAUCCCUAAUAUCAUCCUCCUCCUCCAAUGAGAUUAUGGAACCUGAAACACACAUGGUGAUCAACAAUAUACUUGCAGGGGACUUAGAUGAUAGCCCUUUAACACCAAGCCCAAAAGGUCUAAUGGCAGAGUCUAAGUCAGCUGAAGAACCCAUUCUAGUUGAAACACCCAAGAAAACAGGCAAAGUUAGAGCCAAAACCCCGAAGAAGUCGAGAAGUCGCAAAGGUGCAGCUAACAAGAAAGGGGAUGCUGCUGAAGAGGUAUUACAAUCAGAGCCUUCCCCAGUCAAGUUACCUGAGUCAAUCCCAGAGGACCCAGAAACCAUUAAUUCAAAAGCAGUUACUGUUACAGCUGGGGCAACUGCAGCAGCUUCUGUGGUCACUGCUGUUGCAACUUGUAGGCGUGACGUUACAAGUGCUAUAACUGUAGACACGCCCAAAGAGGCAGAACAGCCAGAAGUUGAACAGCCUGUACCCAAAGAAUCGGCCUUUCAUUCAGGCACAAGCAACAACUCCAAUUCUAAAAAGCAUCCCCAAGCAGCAGAACCAUGCACUCCUACGUUUGCUCCUCCUGCUCGCCCACAACAUCUGUCCCAGUUUAGUGUACCCUUGCUGCGGCCUGCCAAAAUGCCACUUUCACCUGACUGGCCUCAGAGAUCUGAAGAAAGCAGAAUCUAUGUUGCUCCUUCAUGUCAUGUCACAGUGGUGACUCCUUCUAUACCAGCAUCAACUGCACUUGGCACUACUUCAGCAAAUCCUCCAAUGCCCCCUGACACCAAGGCCUCUGAUAUUGACCCUAGUUCAAGCACCUUAAGAAAAAUCCUAAUGGAACCUAAGUAUGUGUCUGCAUCAAACAGCAAUUCUAUACCUACCACUAUGGUCACAUCUGCAUUGCCAGAUCCUUCACGGAUGUCAGAGAAUGAAAAUCCCUCUGAUACAGUGGUUUCAAGACAGUUACAUCCUGAAGAGAGACCUCCAUUACCACCCCAGCCCAUACACCAUAAACCAUCUCCACUGACAGAGUCUCAACAGAACUGUGGAGACAAGACCCAGCAUACAGUUAUUUCUCCUGCUACCUCAGUAAUAAGUCGAAUUCCAAUGCCUUAUGAUACAGAAGAAACUCCACGAAUUUCCCUUAGCAACCGAAGCAUUGGCCUAUCCAUUCCCAAGCAAAAAUUUAGAUCCAACUCAAAUGAGAAUAAUCGCUGCCAUGGCAUGGAUAUAGUAGAGGGUAGUGCGAGAGGGCGCUCUGUUGUGGAGACCACUCCCUAUAAUGCAGGCACCAGUCCUGGCCUAAGAGUCAUUACAUCAGAGGGUGUUGUUGUUCUCAGUUACUCGGGUCAGAAAACCGAAGGACCUCACAGGAUGAGAGCCAAAAUCAGUCAAAUUCCUCAAGCCAGUGCUGGUGAUAUUGAGUUUCAGCAGUCUGUGUCCAAAUCUCAGAUAAAGCAAGACCCGCUCAUCACAUCAUCCCAGUCACCUACAGCAAAAGUAACCCCAACUCCCUCAGCUUAUGGGCACACAGGUGUUCUUUUGACUGGACAGUCCUAUAACUCUCAACCGGUCAUUUCCAGUACCAAGCAGGAGAGCCUUGGAUGUGACAAAUCUGAAGCUCCAUAUCACACAGCAUCCCAGGGUGGUGUGGUGAAGAUGUUUCAACAGCCAGUUAGUUCCCCCCAAGUCUUGAUGUACAACCAAGCUGUGAUACAACAGCAGCAUGGCAAGCGAGGGCUGGGGACAGAACCUCUACCAAAAAAGAUGGACAUUGGCAAAGCUGUCCAGCAGUCUAACCUUAGCCCCGUCAUGAGUCCCCACCACCCGUCACUUUCUGGAACCCGCAUGAGCCCCAGCCCAGGCAUUGCAAAUGAUCGGUCAACUCUACACCUCAAGCAAGAACCCCAGUCUCCACGAACAGCUGUUCACUCUCCUUCACCCUUUGUCAAAGCCUGUCCUCCGAGCAGUUCGCCUAUCGGAACUUCUGUUGUUCUGGGUCACAGCAUGCCACCAAUGUCUACUUAUCAUUCUAGUAUGCAUCAUUCACAUGCAGAACAGUCCUCUGUCAUAAUUCAGCCUCACAGUGUCACUCAGUCAAUGGCUCAUGAAGCCAGAAUGAACACCCCACCAAUAUCUGGGAUAAAUUAUGGAAGGCGAGGCGAUUCCCUUUCUUCACCCCACCCAGGACCCCCACAGCGCUCAAACACGCCGCAGCCUAAUGUCAUUCGUGAUAUGGUACUCCAGUCUCAUUCCAGUCCCCAAGGGUCAGUGUCAGGUGGAGGUGGCAACAGUGUAAGUGAAGAGGAGCCCAGACAUUUUAACCAAGCCCUUAGUAGACCUUCGGUUUCCCAGCUCCAGUCCGAUGUAAUGAUGAUUCACAGUGAUCACAGAGGGCUCCACCCAAGCAUACGCAUGGACCAGUACAGAGAUAUGCACCAGCGCAUCCUCAUGCACCAGCAAUUGGGAGAGCAGGCUGCUGUGGAGGCAAGACAGUCACGCAACUCGGAGACGGGAGCAACGUCUUCAAGCAGCAUCUCUGGGCCUUCAAAGAGUCCUAUACUGGGAAAGACCAUAGAGCUUUCAACAAAAGAACCUCUUAAACCACUAGAAGGAAAGCUGAUACAUCCAUCCUCCAACGAAAGUAGAAUCCGGGGAGUCCAUGCAUCCAGUCCUGUCAUGGUGUCUCCCCACCCUCAUGGAGUUCAGCUGAUGCAUCCUGGAGGUGCAGGCUCCUUUCCGGUUUAUCGGGACAUGCGGGGCUUCCCAUCCCAGUUUCCAGGACACAACCUGGCUAACCAAGGCAUUACAUCUUCACAGGUCCCUCCAGAGCCUGAGCUGGGUAACAGGGGUAAAAUGUCUCAGUCACACGGGGGAGGAGGUGAUUCCAAGCCUGAGAGCUCCCAUCUUCGCCACGCUACCUCUUCGGACCUCUCACACAUUUCCAGAAUAACAGGGGAUACAGUCUCGCCCUCAUACCAGUCUCCCAUGAUGUCUCCUAUGGGUCUUGCUCACAAGCCAGAUCUGUCUUUACAGAAAGGCCCUCCAGCCUUCCUCCCUACUCCCCCAGCACUACCCCCAUCGAGUUCACUACAGCCACGGUCUGAUGCUAAGCUGGAACAUUCAGGACAUCGUUCCAUUGACAUGGUGCAACUUUUGACGAAAUAUCCUAUUGUAUGGCAGGGCCUGUUGGCACUGAAAAACGAUCAGGCUGCCGUCCAGUUGCACUUUGUUUCUGGCAACACCAUGCUGGCCCAGCGCUCCCUGCCACCCCCAGAGGGAAGUUCUCUUCUCCGCAUUGUCCAGAGGAUGAGGCUCGAGGCUUCCCAACUGGACAGUGUGGCGCGCAGAAUGACUGUGGAAAAUGACUAUUGUUUGCUCCUGGCUCUACCCUGUGGUCGAGACCAAGAAGAUGUCCUUGGUCAAACCCAAGCCUUGAAGAGUGGCUUCAUCACCUACCUGCAAGCCAAACAGGCAGCUGGCAUCAUCAAUGUGCCCAACCCUGGCUCCAAUCAGCCAGCUUAUGUGGUGCAGAUUUUCCCACCCUGUGAAUUCUCGGAGAGCCACCUUUCACGCCUGGCCCCGGACCUUCUCAACAGCAUCUCCAGCAUUUCCCCUCACCUCAUGAUUGUUAUUGCCUCUGUUUAAUUACCUUCAUAUUUUUCCAAACAAAGCCAACACCAGCCCUUUUGGACUCAUCCAGUUUGUAAACUGGAAUUGCCUCAUAUUUUUAUGAGUUUGACUUUUUUUAGAAAAAAAAUCUCAUUUAGCAUGAGCUCACCUUUUCUCCUUCACUUCACCAAGUCCUUAAGUCACCCAGUGAUGAUGAAUUCCAAAAACUCUACCUUUACGCGGAGGAUAUGAAGGGUCGAACGGGAAUUUUUGACGAUCACUUCUGAUUGCUCAUUUCAUUUUUGCCAUUUUUGGAGGUGUUGUGCAUAGCCUUUUCUAAUUCAUAGCAUUCAUAAAGCUAUGGAUGGAGACCUUCCAAUGGGAUAUUUUUUACCUUCAUAAAAGUGAUUGUGAUUUCUUUUUUUUCCCUUUUUUUUAAGACAAUGUGAGAAGUCAUUGCACUAUGUUAAGCAAAAAUUGUGAACUCUGUACAGAUUUGAGUAUACGAUGAUACAUGUUAUGGAAUUAUUCUCGUGAUCAGUCAUGCUUGUGCAAGAUAAUAGAAAAUCACUGACUGGAAAAUGAUCAACAAUCAUUUCAGCCUGAUCGAUCAUCCUGCUUUCGCUCCGCCACCAUCAGCAAAUUUCUACUUCAUUCCCGGACUCAACUCUCCAUCCCGAAGUGUUCCCUGCCCCAGGAACACGUGAGGGGACGUUUAGAGUUGUACAGUUUACACUCAAUGCCUCAACAGGGGACUAUAUAAAGAAUAUUUAAUUUGUUUAUUUUUGUUUGCAUCUUCUUUAAACCUAAGGGUAUUGUGGACAAUUGUGAAACUGUAAAUAUUAUAAAUAUUUAAAGACUGAAGCAAUGUGGAGAGACCAAGUGAAUUAUUUUACACGACAGAUCAUCAAAUCUUUCUUUCUUUCUUUCUGAAGGGGCAAGAAUGGGCAACAGUGAAAAGGAUCUGUACAGGAUCCCUGAGUGAUGUUCUAUAAAAAAAAAAAUGUUCAUUGAUUAUGUGCCAAAAUGUCUUUUUGCAAAUGCUAAACACGCGCAAUGUAUCUAAAACUACAUUUGAUGGGAACCUAUUUUCAUAUGUGACUUUGUAUUUUGUCAUUCAAAGGACAGACUUGAUUCCUUUUUUUUGGUAUUGUUCAUCAGCCCGGUUCUGUUACGACAGUGCUUUUACGUUAUGAAAGCGUAACUUCUUUUUGAAGGAGCUGUUGUACUGUCGGGGUUGCGUUUCUCUUAUGUAUUCCUGUUUUCCUUCUCCCCUAUGUGGUCCUGUACUGCCCCCUGCUGACAGAAAAUCACUUUUAAUUUUUUUUUGAAGACUGCACCCUGAGGUCAUUGAAGUGCAAAUUUCGUGCCAGAUGUGCUAUAGCAUGCUUUAUUUUGAAAUCUUAAAGGGUAAAGUAGGAUCAUAAAGGCAAAGAAUGUGACUUAAACUUGACAUCAUGCCGCUAAUGGAUGUGUUUAUCAUCUGUCUCCAUCCCUCCCCUUAACUGUCUUCUUGAGCCAAGCUGUAAAUAAUAAUGUCCUUAAUCUGUGCUCUUGUGUAUUUUUCCCAUUUAUAAUUGUCUUUCUUCAGGGUCUUUAUUUUUGUUUUGUGCAACAAAACAAAGCAGUCUGAAAGAGACGGGAGAUGAGGUGUGUGAAACCGAUGCUGAAAGUAAAACCAUGCUUGUCAGUUUUGUGGUGUAAAUAUUUGUAUGACUGCAAGCUGAAUACUCUCAUGGUUAUGUUGAAGGCACUUAUAAUUUUGAUAAACAAAUUAGAAGAAAAUACAAAAAAAAAAAAAAAAAAGCCCAAUCUUAAAACGGUGAUUAAUAUGAAAACUGUCUUUUGAUCAAUCUUCAUUUUGAGUGUAUUUUGCUGUUCCUCCAUGAGGACAUUUUAAACUGUAAAAUAAAUGGUUGUUUAACUUACUUCUGAAGAUCAUUAAAUGGUCCGUAACUCUC